AUGCGGGGACUGAAGUUGCUUGUCCUGCUUUCUAGUUUAUGGGGAGGGGGCUUCGGGCUUACCAACACCCAGCGUUCAUGGACUGCUCCGGAGGAUGAAAACGCCCCACUGACUCUGAACUCCCCUUCAGCUCCUCUGGUGAGCCUCCAAGUGCUCUCCGCCACUCAGAAUCCCUCCUCUAAGGCAGCUGCAGCUCCUGAGAGACCUUCAGAAGACACUCUACUGCUAUCAACACUGCAGACCUCUGAGACAAACACCCAACCCGAGGAGCGAAGAAGCCAAACACCCACACCCCUGGAGAAGACAGGGGCAGUAAUGGCUCCGCUGCCUCUUGCUCUCCAGAGCAAACCCAUCACCAAGCCCGGCCCUGGAGCAGAGAAGGUGGUGCUUGCUAAUGCCACAUUGAAAUUCCUUCAAAGUUUUUCCAGAAAGUCCAAUCAACAAGCGAUCUCCUCCAAGUUGCCCGGAGACAUGGGAAACAGGUCCCCAAGGGAAACGCACCGCAGCAGAAGUGACAGCAGUGGAGGUCAAAGACCCAGCUAUCAAAAAUCCAGUUUUGAGACAACUAGAGGAAAGAAUUGGUGUGCCCAUGUACAUACCAAGUUAUCUCCAACAGUAAUACUGGACACUCAUGGCUCUUACGUGCCAAAAACGAGAGGAUCCUGUGGCUGGUCCAGUGGACUCUGUUCCCAAAGAUCUCAGAAGACAUCCAAUGCUGUCUAUAGGAUGCAGCAUAAGAUUGUCACCUCAUUAGAAUGGAGAUGCUGUCCUGGAUACAUAGGGCCCAACUGUCAGCUCAAAGCUGAAGAACAGCAGCAACUGGCACACAGUAACCAGGCUGAAAGUCACACAGCUGUUGACCAAGAGACGGCCCAGCAGCCCCAGCAACAGCAGAAGCAAGACGGUGGCGACCCAGCUGUGAUUCAAAAAAUGGCCGAGCAAAUGAGCCAGCAGGCAAAGAAGCUGACACUUCUGCAGAAGAAGGUUGACAAUGUGUCCCUGGCAGCAGACGACAUGAGGAAGGCAUACCUCUCGCUAGAAGGGAAGAUUGGUGAAGACAAAGGCAAGGAGUUCCAACCUCUUCUAAAAGCUCUAAAAUCAAAAGGCAUCGAUGAUCUGCUAAGGAAUAUAGUAAAAGAACAAUUUAAAGCCUUCCAAAAUAACAUGCAGGAAACCAUUGCCCAGCUCUUCAAGACUGUGUCAAGUCUGUCAGAGGACCUGGAAAGUACCAGGCAGGCAGUUCUACAAGUGAACCAGUCCUUGGCUUCAGUAACAGCCCAGCAAAAGUUGGUUUUCAUGCAAGAAAAUCAACCCACAUGGAAGGACAUCACAGAUCUAAAGAACAACAUCACAAAUGUCAGGCAGGAAAUGGCCUUGACCUGUGAGAAGCCCGUCAAGGAGCUAGAAGCCAAGCAGGCUCAUUUGGAAGGAGCUUUAGGACAAGAGCGCUCACAGCUUGUUCUGUACCACCAAUCCCUCAAUGAAACUCUCUCUAAAAUGCAGGAAGCACACACACAGCUGUUAUCAGUUCAACAAGUAUCAGGAACAGAAAAUGUUGCCACUGAGGAAUCAGGCAGCAGUAAUGUCACUAAGUAUAUCUCUGUGCUACAAGAGACAGCAAGCAAGCAAGGUCUGAUGCUACUGCAGAUGCUCAGUGAUUUGCAUGCCCAGGAGAGUAAGAUCAGCAACCUCACUAUUAGUUUGGAGAUGGAGAAAGAAUCAGUCAGGGGAGAAUGUGAAGAAAUGCUAUCUAAAUGCAGGCAUGAUUUUAAAUUUCAACUUAAGGACACAGAGGAGAAUCUGCAUGUGUUAAACCAAACAUUGUCUGAGGUUAUCUUUCCCAUGGACAUCAAGGUGGAUAAAAUAAGUGAGCAGCUGAAUGAUUUGACAUACGACAUGGAGAUCCUUCAGCCUUUGUUGGAGCAGAGGUCGUCUAUUCGACAGCAGGUUACACAUGAGCCCAAGGAAGCCAUUGUUAGGCGCAGAGAGCUACAAAACCUGAUUGGUGCUAUCAACCGCCUAAACGUUCUUAUUAAAGAACUUACAAAGAGACACAGCUUACUCAGAAACGAAGUGCAGAGCCAGGGUGAAGCCUUUGAAAGACGCAUCAGUGACCAUGUCUUGGAAACAGAAGAUGGCCUAAAUAAGACAAUGACUGUCAUAAACAAUGCCAUUGAUUUUGUUCAAGAUAAUUAUGUGUUGAAGGACAGUUUAAGUUCUAUGACAGAUAAUCCUAAGCUUCAUGAGUAUAACCAAAAUAUAGAAUCCAUUUUGACAUUUAUUUCUGAGUUCCAGCAUCUGAAUGAUUCUAUUCAGACUUUGGUCAAUGACAAUCAGAAGUAUAAUUUUGUUUUACAAAUUGCUAAAGCUCUUACAGCUAUUCCCAAAGAUGAGAAACUAAGUCAGUUAAAUUUUCAAAAGAUUUAUCAAAUGUUCAAUGAAACCACUUCCCAGGUGAACAAAUGUCAGCAAAACAUGAGUUAUUUAGAAGAAAAUAUACUCUCAGCAACAAAGACUGCCAAAGAGUUUGAAUCUCGUUUGCAAGGCAUCGAAUCUAAAGUGACCAAGACACUUAUACCUUACUAUAUUUCAUUUAAAAAAGGUGACAUGGUAUCAAACCAGAAAGAUACUGAUCUUCAACUGAAGGUAUUAACUUCCAGAUUUAAGGCACUGGAAGCAAAAUCCAUCCAUCUUUCAGUGAGUUUCUCUUUGCUUAACAAAACUGUCCAUGAGCUUUCAAUGACAUGCCACAAUGCUUCUGCAAGUGCAUGUGGACAGAAUGCUCCCAUACCCACAUGGACCAAAGGUCCUCUGCCAGACAGUCAGAGUUCUCAGAAAAGUCUGACAGAACUUGUGGAAUCAAUAGUUAAAAAAAAAACUCAAGCUGCUCUAUCUAAUUUAACUUUGAAUGUUGAUCGGUUAUUGUCUGACAGUCUGGCAAAUACUGUCAAGCCUCAGAAGCAGGUAAAACCACAGAAGAAACCCAGUACACUUAAGAAAUCAGUGAACGUGACCACCAUCCUGAUAGGCCGGACACAAAGAAACACAGACAGCAUUACACUUCCUGUAGCCCAGGAACAUUCCCGCUGCAGCAGCUUCCCGUGCCAGAAUGGUGGAACGUGCAUCAGUGGGAAAGGCAGCUUCGUCUGUGCUUGCCGGCACCCUUUCACGGGGGACACCUGUGCUGUGAAGAGCGUGGCAGAAAAUGCCUUAGCACCAGAUUUUUCCAAAGGAUCCUACAGAUAUGCUCCGAUGGUGGCGUUUUUCGUAUCUCACACUCACGGAAUGACAAAACCUGGCCCUAUCCUGUUCAAUGAUCUAGGCGUCAAUUAUGGGGCUUCAUAUAACCCAAGCACUGGCAGGUUCAGAAUUCCAUACCUUGGAGUGUACAUAUUCAAAUACACUAUUGAGUCGUUCAGUGCUCAUAUCUCAGGGUUUUUAGUGGUUGAUGGAGUAGAUAAGCUUACAUUUGAGUCUGAAAAUACCGACAAUGAAAUACAUUGUGAUAGAGUUUUGACUGGGGAUGCCUUAUUUGAAUUAAACUAUGGGCAAGAAGUGUGGUUGCGUCUUGUAAAAGGAACAAUUCCAAUCAAAUACCCACCCGUGACCACAUUUAGUGGGUUCUUGUUAUACCGCACCUAA